AUGUUAAGUAAUGCCGUAUUACUAAUAACAUCACUUCUCGCUAUCACUUCCCGGAAUCCGAAAGGAACCUCUUACCGACUCGGGCAUGACAGCUGGUCUAGGGAGUCCACCGUAGAGAGGUAUGAGCGGGUGUUGGUGGGGUCAUACGCGGAUUGUUUCCGGGGUAAAUUAGACGUGGUGAAAUCAGCAGAUCCCCAGAUCAUCUAUGCACUAUUCUGCAUUGUAAAAGAAGCUCGUUUAAACAUCCUAGGUAACCCUUGGAUGAGGACCCUGAAGGCUGCUGUAUGUUUCAAUGAUGAUGAAGUUAGAAACGAAGCUGGAAAGCUAUCUUUAUUCACCAAGGAAGUUAUACAUUACCUCGAUGUGUUCAAUGUUGGUCCCAAGAUCGUUGAUGUCAAUGUGAUGGCUGAUCCUGCACCAGUUUUCGUUGAGACUCAAGCGGUCUUCGCAUGA